AUGCCCGGCUCAGAUUGCUCAGAUUUCUUCACUGAUGAGCAAGGAUAUAAAUGCUUCGCCUGUAUUUGCCUCUAUAUCUCAAAAGAUUGGGCUUUCCGUUUGCUCACAAGGCCUGACUGCUCCCGUUCUCAGGCCUGGCUGGAGGUAAAUUUCGACGCACAAGAACACUAUCUGGAAGACUGGCUUUGCCAUCUCAAAGAACUUACCGAGGCCAAUUUUGGAACUCUGGCAAGAUCCGUCAUCUCCGACAGGAAAUCGUUCGAAGCGUCAAAAGCUUCCCUGUCAACAUUCCUCCAACUUGAGCGGAGGAUCCGGGAACGCGGUCAUAGGAGAAUGGAGAAGCGUAGGAAGAGGGACAUACCAAGGUUGGACAUAUCGCUCAAGGCGCAACUUCGAAGGGAGCGAGCGACUCGUAGAGACAAAAUCCGUAAAUUGAAGGACAAGUACCGUCAAGGUUUGAGGAGAUUGAAGAGAUCUCACGCUCUCCCAGGAAAACGUAGCAGUAAGAAGAAUGGCAAGGAGCCAUUCUUCAUAGGAUUCGACCUAGAAGCGUCAAAGACGAUCUGCAACAAGGCUUUCCAAAUGACUUUGACGAGAGGGAAGCCUAUCGGGGCGAUCGUCAGCUGGAAGGUUGAAAAUUACUGA